CAUGCCCAUCUGACGCGACAGCCUGGAAAUACUCACUCCCACAUCGACCCCCGGUCGGGUGGGCGCAAUAAAAACACAGGCCGACCCCACGCGAGAUUGUGCUGGGAAAAUGUACGUGCGACCCAACCCAGGCGCGUGCUGGUUCGUUUUCGUAAGAAAUUGUUUCGUUUGGUAAGAAGGCCAGCCGUAGGUGAGCGCAGAAACUGCGGCGAGAAACUGAGGAGCCUGAUCCUUACCGGGUUGCGUACGGAUGCAUGAUGGAUCCUCCAUAGGCGUGUGAACCUGAUCAUCAACAGCACCCCGUAGUGAUAGUGGUGUGUUUGCGAAAGGGUCCGCAACAAGCUCGUCGUUGGCAAGAUCGCCAACAUCCUCAGGAGGCGGUGGGCGGAACUAAUCUAACUUGGCGGCCAAUUCCAGCCGAGUUACACCGAGUUACACCGAGUCACUGAAUACGCACACGAUACGCACGCACCCGAGGUACAUAAAGCGCCCCAGUAUAUCAGCCACCAAAACGCGUAGUCGGUCCUCUGCAGACAGUAGAUAUGGAUGAGGAAAUCGUCGAACGUACAUUCCGCGAAAAGGCACUGUUCUACACUACCGCCUUCUUUAUCCUGCUUGGCACCUUUAGCCUGUUCGCUUUCCUGUUUCUGGUACCGUUCGUGAUCGAGCCCGCAUUCCAGACCAUCUUCAUGCAGUUCGAUGAGUCACCGGCACUGUGCGUGACCGCCUACAAUGAGCAUCUGUACGGGGCGAAAAAUUGCUCCUGGGCGUCGUGUCGCGAAGGCUGCACCAAGGACAUCUACGAGUGUCAGCAGAUACGCGUCAAUUACAAGACGGCCGCACAGCUAGCGGCGGCCGCCGCCAAGGAGGCGGCCGCCGGUGGUGGCGCUGGUGAUGCGCACGGUACGGCCCCAUCGCAUCCGGCGUCGGCCGCGGGUCCGCCGGCCCCAUCGACGGCGGUAAUCGCUUCAACAAAACCCACUGGUGAUAGUAGCAUUAGUCGUGAGGAGAGUAGAGAUAAUAGUAUAGCUAGUAGUACCAAUAGCGUAGGCAACCCGCCCAGCAAGCAGCCGAUCAGCACGUCCGACGGUGCGUCCUCAUCGUCCCGGUCGAACGCCAACAGCAGAUACGGUAGCGCGCUGAAUCGCUUCGAGCGUGCGAUCCGGGCCGAUUACGAUUACGGCGACAUGGCGAUGGUGGAGAACAGCAACGGAUUGAACGGGUUCGGUGACCCCAAGAACGGCUUCAUCAGCUCGAUCAUCGACGACGAGAACGCGUUCAUCGAGUACCCGGAGGAAAUGACCGGCCUGAUGGGGAAUAACUCCGAGUGGUACUUCACCGGGGCCCGGCUGUACCCGAACGUGAAGGGCUGCGGCUAUCCGCCGAUGCUGAACUGCACGAUCUGGACGAAAAAGUACUGGACGAUCGGGACGAACUUCACCUGCUACUAUUCGCGCGUCGAUCCGGAGCUGGUGAUCAGCGAUCUCGACAUGUGGCAGAACACGCUCAAUCUGGUGUACGCCAUGGCGAUCCCGAUACCGUCGUUCAUCAUCUCGGUGAUCUAUCUCGCGUUCGCGUACUUCGUCAUCUUCAACGAGGACGAGGAGGCCGCACUGCUGGACAAGAACGGGGAGGACGAAACCGGGGAGGACGAUCUGCAGGAGACGGACGAGGGCAACGAUAACAAGAUCAACAACGAGAACGAGGUGGAGGUGACGGCGAACCACAUCAACGAGAAGCAACAGCAGCAGGACGGGGACGAUGUGCACACGACGACCACUACACCGAUCCAACCACUACCGAACGGUACUGCCAACUCGAUCAACAACACCAACACGACGGCGACCACCAACACGAACGGUUCGUCCAAACCGAUCACGCCGAACUCCACCUCCGACCUGAACUCGUUCGGCCACCAGCUGAAGGUGAAGAUGGCGGACGAAAUGUCGCGCGAAAGCAUCGACGGUGGUUUGCUUUCGAACUCGGCAUCAUUUCAAGGAAACUUGAGCAAGACGAUGACGACCAGUAUCUCGACUCCACCUGGUCCGAUAGCCGCAGUCUGAAACGUCAAGUGCACGGUCUGGAGGACGUUAAGUUUAAAUUUACUAAGUAAGAAUCUGCUUGUCUUAUGAUUGUUAAAGUGCGCGAGCCUGUGCGAAUGAAGCAAAAUACUUCUAGUAAGGAGACCGGCCAUUACCUUUGCCGGCACGGACCUAUGCAAAACGCUGCAAACGACUAAUGCCCACACUAACUAGCGUAACCAUUAUAUCGUUCAUGCGCAUUCUAGAUAAAUGACCAUUAAACCGAAACGCAUGCAAAGCAAACGUGUAACGGGCAGAUUAGGAAAAGAACAACAAAAGGGAAACAAAACUGCACAAAAACCCUGCACCGGAAACAAAAGUGCUACGCUCCCACAGUAUGGGGCUUAUAUUUAAGCUGUUUCUAAAACUGCAAAACAAAGGCGCUAACAUAUGGACACCCACAGACACUCUCAUACUAAGCUCCAUUUCGAAACAAAUCAUGCCAAGCUCAGCGUUAGGUAGCACAAGCAGGUGUUGCAGAGAGAAGCAGGUUGAAGCAGAAAAGCAAUGAUAAAACAUACACACAGAAUUCGUAAUGGUCACCGCAAUUCGGCGCACGAUUAAGUGCGAACCCGCCCAACAAAAGGAAGCGUUGCAUUCGCGGACGUUUACGCUGUAUUCGCUUUUUUUAAAUUUAGAUGUAACAAAAAUACAAAAUAAAAUCGUAUGCACUGCACACGGCAUGCAACAAUUGCUUUUUUGUGCGGCGAAUGGAAGAAAUGGGCCAAAGAAUGUUUUUUCUUACUUUUCCCUUUACAGUUUCUAGUUUGAUGGCAAACGAUUUUUAAUGUGCACUGCGUAACUGGCGCAUUUAGUGUACGCCAGUAGGAAUGUAAAGGAAAAGGAAACGAAAUGUUGUUUGCUUUUUUUUGUCGGACACGAACACGAUCACUCAUUGAAUGUUUCUUCGAUUGUGAAGUUAGUGUACGCAAAUUGGUAUCUAGUGGUAGAUCGAAGAUCGGAGCUGUAUGCACAACUCUAUUGCCUCGUAGUGAAGAUGAGCAUAGGACGAACGGGAUGAGAGCGGGACGGAGACGGGUCUUACACAUACACAAACACAAAAAGAUGGUAUCAAGCGUUUCAGGACGACUAGCUAUAAUUGUGCAAAAAAAAAAAAAUUACUGCAAAUCCCACGGUUGGUAACAUUAUGAUGAUAGUGAAGGCAAGCGGUUGAACUGUUGAUAGAUUUUUACCGAACUAGAUAUUUAGAAUGAAUAAGCCCAUCAGCAACAGUGCGGAAAAGAGAGAACAAUGAAAAACAGCAGCAAAACACAACCCACACUGAUGUAGAAUAGUCCUAUUAGCAAAAAUUUGUAGUACGCAUAAAAGGGAGUAAAUGGUGGGAAAGACAGUAGGAAGGAAAGUAGGCAGAAAAGCGAAAAUUGAAAACCUGGAUGGUGGUAAAAAUGCAUAAUAGUUCUAAUAGCCUGCCUGCAAAGCGCCGUUUCUUUAAAACUAUCUUUAAAAAAUGCUGUAGCUAAAGAAGGUUUUAUAUAGGAAGAAACAAAGUGAAAUGAGAGAGAGAGAAAGAGAGAUAGAGAAAGAGAAUAGUAUUUAGUAAACCAAGCGCAUCUAAAUCAUUUCGUAGACUAGGAAAACAGUACAUAAUUUUUAAAACGUUAUAUAGAAAAUUAAAAACGCUGUUUAACACUUCGCAUGCGUAAGAGAGCAUUUUGAUACUUUCAUUUCAUUCCCCUCUGCUUAUAUUUUUUACGCUUUCGGAAGACCGCACUUUUACGGUGGGAUAAAUAACGGUCCAUUCGAAAAUUGACAUUAUGAGACGUAGAAUUUUCAUUGGAAAUGUUACACGUCAGGGCUUUAAAAGGGUGAUCUGCAGCUGCUGAUCGUAAGGCGACUUCGUGGCCGGGCAUUAUCACAUUUUUUGUAUUUUGCUUACCCUUAGCUGGUUAGUAAGGGAGGAAUAAUCCGGAUGGGAUUUGGUACUGGUCCUGUCACCAAGCGCUAAACUACCGGGCGCCUCCAUCGAUGAUUGUAAGGGAGUAGUAUACUCUGGUACCCUUAAAAAAGGUGUAUUUUUGCAUUUUGAUAACUAUAAAAGCAUGGUAAAAAUUGAAUUAUUUGUGAUUUAUCUGCUUAGUUUCGGAUGCUAUAAAUAAUAUUUUGGCCUACAUUAGGCAACUGCUUUUGCCACUGCAUCAGGUGCAGCGUGUCACCCGUGACAACCACUUACUAAUCGGUGGGCAUAACAGAUAUCAAAGCGUAAGAGUAAAAACAAAGUUAAUAGUUUUCCCUUACUGUUUGACAAUUGUUUUGCCAUCAUACGUAGGAUAAAUACAAAUCCAAAUGUUUCAAAAUUUCAAAAAAUUGCAAUUAUACUUCGUUUGGUAUUUCGUAACAUUGGAACAGAGUGUCUCACAGAGUUUUUGAUUUUUUUGCGCGAAAAAAUAUUAUUAUGAAACUUGAGUGUACUACUUGAGUGUGUGUACCAUUCGUAAAGGCGUGAUAGUGAAAAUUUGCAGUCUGUUUUUGUAUGUUUGUGUUAGGUUUCAGUGUUAUCAUUUUUAAUGCUGUCGAAUGAAGAAAUAUGUUAACCCCUUUCUACUCUAAGUUUUCUCUUGUUCGAACGCUAAUACUGAUUGCCUGAACAUGGCUGCAUUGCAAUGCAUUCGCCUGCUCGUCCUUUACUAUGUUGACAUCCCUUUUUCGCUAACCUUUCAAAACGAAAAAAAAAUCCUUGUAAAAAUGUCUGAAAUAGAAGAGAGAAAGAGAAAAAAAUCAAUCAAAUAAAAAAACGCAAACAAAAGCAAAACUAAGCAACAAAAAGCACAUAAAAAUAGUUAUAAAUUUUCCAAAUUUUAACAAGCAAAUGGACAAACAAAACAAAAAAGAAGAAGCGAAUUACUGAGAGCUAAAGAGUGACAAAAGCGAGUCGAGUGGGAGAAGAUAUAGACAAACAAAGUGGGAAUAGAAAUGGGGGAGUACGAUGAGCUCCGGUGGUGCAUUGCAACACUUAAAGACGUUUAAAAUCUCAAAAGCUUUGCUAGUUUAAAAGCUUGAUCACGAGUUAUAAAGAAAACAAAAAAAAACAAAGGCUAGACUAUAACUAUUCAUAUUAUUAACGAUAAUGGGAACCCACGAUUGCAUCAAGAGAGGUUUAAGAAAUGAUACAAAAAUUCUCCGCUAAGCUCAUAAGAAAUAGCUCAUACUCGAAUGCGUAAAAAAAAUUACACUCAUUGGUCAUUUAAUUUUGAGAAACUUAUCGUAAAUCUUGUGUAAAAACGAAACAAAAAAGCACUAACAGAUACACACCUCACCAAACACACAUACGUGCAUAAAACGCGAUUUGUAGAUUCAUGGAUAAACGGAACGUGGAAUGUUACAUUUCGGGGGCUUGUUGUUUUUAUUAUUCGUGAACUUUGUGACUAUCUAUCGGAAUCCGAGCUUUGUCGUGAUUUUUGCGUGCAUUAUUUGGCCCGUCUUAUACAUGGUCAGCGAGAGAGAGAGCGAAAAUGAGUGUGUGUGGGAGAUAGAGAGAGAGAGAAAGUGAGAGAGAGAGAGAGAGAGAGAGAGAGCGCGCUCUAAAAUUUAACUACCACCGUCCGUUCCAAAGAUGAAACAAAAAUUGUCCAUUUCUUGAGACAGCUUGUGCUCAAUCAGGUAAAUAUCAUCAAACGAUCAUCUCGCGCGCAUAAAAUAGGCAACGCUCCUGUAAAACAAUCCAACACAAACACAACACAAAAUUUUAGUAUUUGCAAAACGCGACGCACAUAUAUUGGCUGCAGAAUGCAACAUGUUUGUACAUAUGCGAAAUGGUUCUGAAGAUGUUCAUACAAACACAAUGCUACACAACAAAAUUUAAAGAAAAAAAUAGAUUAAAAAAUCCCACAGUUACGGUGAAACUCGCACAGAUGCAGCUAACAAAAGGAAGUACCAUUAAAAGGUGGUACAGGUACCAUUGUGAGUGAAAUAACUACUUACCAAGUCCGAUCUACUUCAGUAUCAUGAAUUCCCCAAACACAAAAAAUCAGUACAUACAGAAAAGUUGAAUGGUUGACACUUGAUUACUUUGCCAUUGGGUGGGUACGAAAGUUCAGGGAAUUCAACCGAUAGUUAGGAAAGGUGAGUCAAGUUGUUGGAUUUUGUUUUUUAUUUUUGCUUGAAAAGCAUCUACUUUAAACAGUGUGUGGUAAUAAAAUUGUGAAUUCCAUAGUAACCACCCACAGUGCACAGAGCAACCAGAUAGCAGCAGCAUCAGCAGCAACAAUAACAGCAGUACGGAGCAAAACGAAGAAAAAGAUUUGUUUUGGAAUUUAAAAUAUAUUUCCACUGAUAUGUAUUGCCUUGUGAUUGCUAUUUUUAAUUUCUAAGAGUGACAUCAUGAAAUGCGAAUACUACAACCCGGCAUGAGUAAACCCUAUUGAGAAUAAAUAAAAUGUGAAAGCUUUA